AUGCGUUUUUUGUUAUCUGGGUACACUUCCUUGUUUGUUUCUUUUUCUUUUGCAGAAUCUUUCUUACUAAUCCUCAGUUUAUCUCUCUAUUUUCUCUUUGUACUUUCUUUCUUUCUUUUUUCUUUCUUUCUUUUUUCUUUCUUUUUCUUUUUUCUUUCUAAUUCUUUUUUUUCUUUUUACUUUCUUUCUUUGUGUCUUUUCCUCCUUUCUUUCUUUCUUUCUUUUUGUCUUUUUCCUUUUUUCUUUCUUUCUUUUUUCUUUUUUCCUUUUUUCUCUCUUUUUGUCUUUUUUUCUUUCUUUCUUUCUUUCUUUCUUUUUUUUCUUUCUUUUUCUUUUUUCUUUCUUUUUUCUUUCUUUCUUUUUGUCUUUUCCUUUCUUUCUUUCUUUUUCUUUCUUUUUCUUUUUUCUUUUUUCUUUCUUUUUUCUUUUUUUUCUUUCUUUCUUUUUGUCUUUUUCUUUCUUUCUUUCUUUCUUUCUUUCUUUCUUUCUUUCUUUCUUUCUUUCUUUCUUUUUCCCCAGUCACCAUUCUCUCCCCACUAUGGCCCCAGGCAUAUCCUACUGUCUGAUGCAGUAAGCACCAGGGCCCAAAAAAUUCUCAAUGAGAACACAGAUAUAACAUUUUUAGCAACAUUAAAGCAAGAAGAAGGAAAUUCGGGUAGUAUUCUAUCCUUUUCAUCUGGAAUCACCAGAAUUUUAGAAAUAGAGAAUAGUGGACGGAGGAAUGAAGUGAGGUUUCACUACACACAUGACCAAGAUAUCCAAGUUGAAACAUUCCCUUACAGACUUGCUGAUAACCAUUGGCACCGUUUGGCUCUCAGCCUAAGCGCAACCCACCUCACUGUGUUUGUCGACUGUGAGCAGAUCUAUAAACGAGUCAUACUGGCCUUAGACAGAAAAUUUAAGGCAGGAAAAUUGUCUCUUUUUCUCGGCCAACGAAAUGGUCAACAUGCAUUUUUUCGGGGGGCUUUACAAGACGUCAAAAUAGUGACAAAAUCUCAUGGCUUUCUUGAGCAGUGUCCGGAUCAAGAUACAAACUGCCCCACAUGUGCACAACACCAUCAAUUGCAAAAGAUGUAUGAAAAGAUGCAAACGGAUAUUCAAAAUUUAAAUAAGAAGCUUCUGCAGGCGGAAGAAAGGUUACUGAAUCUGGAGCAGUGUCCGUGCCAUUACUGUUAUCAUAAUGGCACAAUAAGAAAGGAGGGUGAACGAUGGAGCCCUAACAAGUGUACAAUUUGUAUAUGUAAGAAUGCUACUGUAGAAUGUAAGCGUCGAGAUUGUUCAAAGUAUGACUGUCCCAAUCCAGUCUAUCGAGAUUGUUGUAAACCAGAGUCCGACGAUUGUUGCCUCUCCAAUGACAAGAAUAGGAUUGAAUAUUACAAUCCGGGAGACAAAAUACAAAAAAAUAAUUGUUAUUACUGUUCCUGUGAUAAUGCAAGUAUGGUCUGUAAGAAGAUCUCCCCAGAAUCAUGUCCAAGUCUCAAUUGUUCAAAAAGUAAUCAGAUAAAUGUUGAUGGUAAAUGCUGCCCAAUAUGUAAAGGAACCAACUUUUGUGCUCUGGGUCAUGAAUGCCAUGCAAAUGCCACGUGCAAAAAUCUGGACACAAGAUAUGCCUGCCUAUGCAAAUCAGGGUUUGAUGGUGUGGAUGGCAAAUUUUGCCAAGAUAUUGAUGAAUGUGCCACUGUGGGUGGUAAGAAUGGACACCUGUGCCGUGAGAACACAAUAUGCGUGAAUACCAUUGGAUCAUACCAGUGUCAGUGCGCAACGGGCUUAAACAGUUAUGAUGAAGACAACCCCGACGGAUCCUGCGAAGGUAGCAACACCUCCGCCUUGUCAGAGUCUGUGAUAUUGCUAAACUUGUGCCUUACAAUGUGGCUAAUGCUGUAA